AUGAAUUUCUUCUUUGAUUUUUUAAUUGUUUUCGUGGCUUUUGAUUCAACUUUUGCUGGAAGUCCAUGCUCUGCUGUGUAUGAAACAAUUUCAAGUCUUCCAGAUCGAGCAAUUACUGCGUUACAAAGUGUUGCUGGAAAUACAAAUGCAGAAAUAAUAUCAAUGAUUGAAGAUCUCAUGGAAUUUUUUGAUCCUAGUCCCAAUGUCAUAGCUAAAUUAAACAAGUUGCAUGACGGACAAGAUUCAACAAUUGACUGUAUUAUUAGUUAUUUUUAUUAA